AUGGAGCCUUCCAAGAAGGGCCGCCUGGUACAGCUAUUAUGGUCCGAAAUGACCAGACCACGGCUGCAUACACGCAGACAGGUUAUUGACAAUAUCAUGUCUCGACAGUGGAGAUCUAUCGUUGGGGUUCAUCACCCACCUUCAUCUGUUACACAACCAAAUGGCGCAGGACAAAUCACGUCUCAAGUGAAGGACACACGAGCGGAGCAGACGGCAUCAGAUGGAUCUCUUGAAACGAGAGACACGACUAUCCUGGUCGAGUUUCCGAGAGACAUGAAUGACUUUGAGCACCGCUUCUGGAACGAAACCACCCAAGAUGCGGAGGCACCGGUUUUACUCACAAACCCCAACACCCUCGUGAAGCCCCAAAAGAACUCUAUCGAUGCCAGUCACCCCUCCAUCGCAGCAGCAACCAUAAUUGGCAUAAUCGUCUCUGGAGCAAUUUGCUUCCUUCUCUUUUGGUACAUUAGGCGUGAGCGACGCCGCCGCCGCCUCUCUCAAAUUCAAUCUCCAAGCUCAGAUCUCUUCAAUCCAUCCUCUCUCACCCUAGGCCCAGAAACAAGUAAGACUCUUGACGACUUCCUAAUGCGAGAUGUGCCCCCAGAGCGAGCAUCUCUCAUGUUCAGCCGCACCCGUUCACCAUACGUGACAUAUCUCAUCGAUGGAGCAAACCGCCGCAGCAAUCGCAACAGCUACGAUGAAUCGAGCAGAUUGAUUAAGCUCGAUACACUAGAUACACUCACUAGGGUCUCAACAGAUAUAACUCGACCUAGCUUCAUGCUUUCAGAAUUCUCAUCUUCACUUCCGAGCCCCUCGCUGCAGGGUACCUCGGCCCAGCAUAUAUCGACCACCUCUCCGCGCGCAUCAAUGGCCUCGACAGUCACGCCUUCUCCACGGUCCUCCCAACUCUGGAUAACCACCACAACUGCAACAACUGCAUCUGCAAGCACCGGAAGAAGCCGUUUUCUAACCCAAGAAUCAAUCGCAUCUCAAGCUUUACAGUCCCCACGCAGGUCGCACGCCAUGCCCAGCCUAGCCAGUCCAAUAAUGCAGCCUCGCUCCUCGAACGCUUCCAAGUCUUCGAGCCGAUACUCCGGCAGUAAUGGAGUCCGAAGCUCUCCUCGCGGAAUCAAUGAUCCUCGUGGCACGCGACAUGUUAGAACAAGAAGCUCCCAGAGUGUUUCACCUAGUGUUUCGCCAAUUGCCGAGUCGACUAGUUCUGGACAAUUACCUUCUAUUCCGUCGACUCCAUCGCCUUUGUUUCGGUUCUCCGAGGCUUGA